AAGCGAUGGCGGUUCCCGCCAUCUCCCUUCCCGCCAAAAUCACACUCUCCAAACACCCCCAAUUCGAGACCUUCAAGCACCGCCUACUCCGCCUCGCCGAUGCCGGCCGCCUUUCCGAUCUCAUUUCCACCCUCGACCUCAUGUCCCACCGCGGCAUCCCCGCUGAUCUCCUCACCUAUUCAUCCCUCCUCAAAUCUUCCAUCCGCUCCCGCGAUCUCCAUCUCGGUAAGCUUAUCCACCGCCACCUUCUCCAUUCCGGCCUCCCCCUCGACGCCAUUGUCACCAAUUCCCUCAUCGCUCUCUACUCUAAAUGUGGCGAUUGGGACACUGCUUGCUUGAUCUUCGACCAGAUGGGUGCCAAUCGAAACUUGGUUUCUUGGACAACGAUGAUCUCGUCGGCGGCGAGGAGUAAUAUGGAGAGAACGGCGAUAGGUAUGUUUUGUGAGAUGCUGGAGUUGGGUUUUAUCCCAAAUGAGUACACUUUUUGUAGUGUGAUUCAGGCUUGUUCAAGCUCGGAGUUUGUUUGGAUUGGUCUAGUGGUUCUUGGAUUUGGGAUAAAAACUGGAUUUUGGCAGGAGGAGGUGUCUGUUGGGAGUGCUUUGAUUGAUAUGUUUGCGAAAAAUGGAGAUUUGGGUUCUGCUCGCAAGGUGUUUGAUGGAAUGCUUGUUAGGAAUUUGGUUGUUUGGACACUGAUGAUAACCAGGUAUGCGCAGUUUGGGUGUGGAGAAAAAGCGAUUGAAUUGUUUGUUGAUAUGUGUCUUGAUGGGCAUGAACCUGAUCCGUUCUCGAUGAGCAGUGUGCUUGCUGCUUGUGCGGAGGUUGGAUCUCUUCACGUUGGAAAGCAAUUGCAUUCUCUUGCGAUUCGAAUUGGAUUGGCUUUGGAUGUUUGUGUGGGGUGUAGUCUUGUGAGCAUGUAUGCAAAAUGUGUGUUUGGAUUGAUGGAUGAUUCAAGACGAGUGUUUGAAGGGAUGCCUGCACAUAAUGUGAUGUCUUGGACUGCUCUCAUAGCAGGCUAUGUGCAGAGUGGGCAUGAUGAAGAAGCACUUGAACUCUUUGGUGACAUGAUAAGAGAGGGAGAAAUUCAGCCGAACCAUUUUACAUACUCCAGCAUCCUCAAAGCGUGUGCGAAUCUCUCUGAAGCGAACAUUGGGGAACAAGUCUAUGGUCAUGUUGUCAAAUUGGGGCUUACAAUAGUUAAUUUUAUUGGGAAUUCCCUUGUUACCAUGUAUGCAAAGUCAGGUAGGAUGGAUGAGGCUCGUAAAGCUUUUGAGAUGCUUUAUGAAAAGAAUUUGGUGUCUUAUAAUGCAAUUGUUGAUGGGUAUGUUAAGAACUCAAAUUCUGAACAAGCUUUUGAACUUAUCCAUCAAAUCCAGGGCAGUGAUUUUGGAGCCAGUGCUUUCACAUUUGCUAGUCUUUUGAGUGCUGCAGCGAGUAUUGGAAUCAUGGGCAAAGGUCAGCAGUUGCAUGCACAAUUACUGAAGUCUGGAUAUGAAUAUGAUACAUGUAUCAGUAAUGCUCUUGUGUCAAUGUACUCUAAAUGUGGGAACAUUGAGGAUGCAGUUCAAGCUUUUCAGGAAAUGGAGGAUCGGAAUACAAUUUCCUGGACUAGCAUGAUCACAGGCUUGGCUAAACAUGGGCAUGCAAUAAAAGCUCUUGAGUUGUUUCACAACAUGGUAGCUGCAGGUGCUAAGCCCAAUGACAUCACUUACAUAGCUGUUCUCUCUGCUUGCAGUCAUGUGGGUCUGGUAAGCGAAGGAAGGAAACAUUUCCGGUCAAUGAAGAAUGAUCAUGGAAUCAUUCCAAGGAUGGAGCACUAUGCUUGCAUGGUUGAUUUGCUAGGGCGGGCUGGCCGCCUUGAAGAAGCGAUAGACUUCAUUAGCUCAAUGCCAGUCAAAGCUGAUGCUCUGCUCUGGAGGACAUUGCUUUCUGCCUGUAGAACUCAUGGGCAUACAGAAUUUGGAGAAAGAGCUGCUAGAGAAAUACUAGAUCAGGAACCUGAUGACCCUUCGGCUUAUGUAUUGUUAUCGAACUUGUAUGCUAUGGGAGGACAAUGGGGAAAAGUGGCCAUGAUCAGGAGUGGAAUGAAAGAGAAGAGCAUGAACAAAGAAGCCGGAUUGAGUUGGAUAGAAACAGAGGGCAGCAUCCACAAGUUCCAUGCAGGGGAUACUUCUCAUCGAAGAUCAGAAGAAAUCUAUGAAAAGUUAGAUGAAUUAGCAACUGAAAUCAAGAGACUGGGGUAUGUUUCAGACACUAGUUCUGUACUUCAUGAUGUUGAUGAUGAAUUGAAGGAGAAGUAUGUGUGGCAACACAGUGAGAGGUUAGCUGUGGCUUUCGGCCUCAUUAGCACAUCGGCAUCGAAACCGAUUCGUAUUUUCAAGAACCUAAGGGUCUGCGGAGAUUGUCAUACUGCAAUGAAGUUCAUGUCCAUGGUUGCUGGCAGAGAGAUCAUUCUCAGAGAUUCAAAUAGGUUUCAUAGAAUCAAAGAUGGGAAUUGCUCUUGUGGAGACUAUUGGUGAACAUAUGCUUUGUGAGUUGGUCAUUAUUUAUUAUCUUUGACUGUAAAUCAUUUAUUAAUCCCUGAAAAUGGAUAAGUCCAUCAACAUCUUUAUGUCUUUGGUCCUAUCAUAAUCUUAUUCUCUCAUUCUUAUUCUUUAGUAUAGUUUUAUAGUAUUCCUCAUCUCUGUUUAGUAUUCAUUAUUUUUAUUUGUUUAGAGUGUAGGGGAGAACAAAAUCAUCAUUCAUGGAAGUUAAAAAAUAUUCAUGAACUUAUUAUUAAUAUUUUACCUUUGGUUUUCAUUCUGUUUUUCAAUGUUAGGAAACAAAUCAUCAUCUCAUUGAUCAUACUGACUUUGACUAGCUAACCAAAAUAUUUUCAUAGAUUCAUAAAGAAAAAGACCAAACAUAUUUAAUAACAAAUACUUCAUCAUAGAUUCAUAAUGAGAAAACCAACUCCUUACAUAGGAUCUUAUUCAAAAUCCAUAAACUUCAUCUUAUUCAUUCAAUCAUAAGCAUUCAAGCAACAAACUGGCUACUACUCACUUAUUUCCAAAUUCAUGCAAACCUAUAGAGACACAACAAAAAUAACACCGACUAGCAACUAAUCACAAAUUCAUUCAUAUCCAUAACUUCAUAACCAAACUAUAUACUUGUUACUUAUUGCAGUUAAAAAAUGAGCUUAAAGGAAUGAUAUUGAUGGUGAUGCUGCAAUUGCCGGACAGUGUGGCGGCACGCGCAGAGUUAAUACUCCCCGCUGAAGCCAACUCUGACUUCAAACACUCACAUAUGCUCCUUCCAGCUGCUGGAGAACUUGCAAGAUCCUUCACUGCUUGCACUCCUAGGCAGCAUUGUGCAGAGACUUUUGGGUCUUGUCCUAUCAUGUAUGGCACACAUGGACCAAAUGCUGUCUGAGCUAAACCACAGUCUGAGUGUGUUUCAGCCAUUGCCAAUGUUGAGAAGGUCAGUGCAAUGCUGAGAAGAAGAAGAAGAAGAAGAAGAAGGCGAGACAUGCUUUGUGCUCUUGAAAGAGUGAGUGAUUAAGAGGGUGUUUAAAGUUAAGAAGGUUUGUACUGAAGUGUAUUUGUUGGUUGUGGAGUUGUAAUCAAUUUAUAGAGGGAGGUGAUGUUUUGUUUAUGGAAAUUGAUUGAGGAAUUGAGAAAUUUGGGCGUGAUUUUUUUUUUCCUUGUCAAUUAUGAGAUUGAUUUGAGAUUAAGAAAGAUUAAUUAUGGUGAAAGGAAUUUGUUUGUUUUUUAUUA